AGACACAUAGCCUCGAGAUGCAGCUCACACAUGAUUUGACUUUGGCAGACGAACUUGGCUACGGGAGCUCAGGUGAUGCGAGUUGCCCAACUUCUCCUUGGCUUUGCAGCAUUGCCGCUUGGAGUCCGAAGUGCAGAACUGGGAUUUGACAGAGAAUGCACCGGAUAUGAUGAAGAAUGGGGCCGAUGUCCUGAUCUCGAUCAUUGCGGAGGGCCAUGUGUACCACGAGACUGUCAAUUCAGUGACUGGCAGGACUGGUACAGUAGCGGAGGCUGCACCGGGCUUCUCCAUCGACGCAGAGAGGUAACGGUCAUCAACAACGAAUGUGGCUAUCCCUGUCACGGGCCCACGGUGGAAUCACACCGAGUUGGUGACACAACAAUCCCGUGCGAAGAGACGUUGUCAGACUGCAAGUUCUCCGCUUGGUCCUCAUGGACUGCUUGCAAUUCUAGCUACGAUCAGUCGACAAGACAUCGUGGAAUCGAGGCGCCGGCAAGUCCAGAUGGGAAUCCUUGCCAUGGGCCCGUGAAAGAGACAAAGGCUUGCUUGGCCGAAGAUGCUCCACUGAGCUGCUUGUGGUCACAGUGGGGUUCGUGGGGCCGGUGCAGUGUGUCGUGUGGAAGUGGAAGGCAUGAGAGGAUGCGGCGCAUUCAGAGAAAGUCUGAUCCUGGUGGUCUUUCAUGUUCGGGGUCCCAAUUGGAAAACGGCGCCUGCAACUACGGGGAUUGCCAAGCCACAGAUUGCAGGCUGUCUGAAUGGUCUGCCUGGUCUGAGUGUGAGGCAAUUCACAGCCAGCGUUUCCGGCGCCGAAGUGUAGAAGUUGCUCCCAGUAAUGGGGGAGGAGACUGUGGCGACGAAUUUCUGAUUGAGACUGUGGCAUGUUACGCGCCCACGACGGCGGGUGAAGACUGUGAUAUCGGCCUGUGGUCGCAAUGGAGCGAUUGCUCCAAGACGUGCGGUGGCGGUCAGAUGUACCGGAAUCGACAGCUUUUGAAGCCGAACACGGAGGGUGGCUAUUGCCACCAUGCAGUCUUGCACCAAGCCGAGCCUUGCGGGAUGGCAGACUGCAGACCUAUUGAGUCCGGAGACUGCCAGUUUGAGCAAUGGGCGACAUGGUCCACUUGCGAUGCUCCGUGUGGCAAAGGCACUCGCGAGCGCUUGAGGAAGAUUGCUGUCUACGCGAUGAACACUGGCCGUGGUUGUGAAGGAGCCACAAGGGAAGUUUCCGAGUGCCAGCUGCACGAUUGCCAGGUCGUUGACUGUCAGUGGAGUGAGUGGUAUGAUUGGUCAGUAUGCUCGGCCUCAUGUGAUGGCGGGACCCAGCGUCGCGAGAGAAACGUGGCAGUGGCGCCACAACAUGGUGGCAGUCUCUGCGUUCCGAACGACAAAAGCGAGAUGGCGCCUUGCAAUACUAUGCCUUGUGACGAGGCCUGCACUGACGGUGAAUGGGCUAGCUGGAGCAGUUGGACACGAUGUUCUGCAACGUGUGAUGUGGCCUACAAGUCCAGACGCAGAGAUGUAGCAGUCCAGCCCAGCCGCUGUGGCAAGCCAGCGGUUGGCUUGCGCGAGGAGUUCAAGGAGUGCGCUAACCUGCAGCCCUGCAACUUCAACCAGGAUUGUGUGUUGGGAGAAUGGAAUCAGUGGUCGGAGUGCAGCUGCAGCUGUUUCGGCAUUCAGGAAAGAAAUCGUGUCAUUGAGCAAUUUGCAGCUGGAUCCGGAAAGUCGUGCAAUGGCACCGUGAAAGAGAUCAUUCCUUGCAAUCCCGGCCCUGGAGAGGAACGCGAUGAGCAUUGCGGAAACAUGAAGCGUGAACAAGAUUGUGUGAUCUCUAUCUGGGAUACUUGGAGCGACUGCACCGCGACAUGUGGAGGAGGACAACGAGAGCGAGCCCGACACAUUGUCCAGCAAUCGGCCCAUGGUGGAACGCCCUGCAGUGGCGAUCUUGCAGAACUCGAGCCAUGCAGCGAGGAGCAUUGUCCUGAAGCCGGUUGCCAUGAUUGCCUGUGGAGUGAGUGGACACAUUGGGGAAGCUGCUCCAAGUGUGGCGGCCAAAGGUUUCGAUACCGGAACAUUCAACAAAUGCCGAACUACUGUGGAAAGCCAUGCGAGCCAAUGGAUGCAAGGGAAGCAGGACCUUGCUACAGCAAGUGCGAAGACGAAGUCUUUUGUAGUUGGACUGACUGGUCGGAGUCUGAAUCUUGCGACAAGUGUGGCACCGCAAGUACGACUCGCAACAGAGCCUUGGGUCUUAUGCCAUUUCAAGUGGGGUCCUUCUUUAUGGUGGAGGACGAGUCCUCCUGUGCUGGCACGCAGCUAAACGUUACGCAGUGCCCGCUGAAAGAGUCAUGCCGGACGUGCAUCCCGCAGAAUUGCACGUUUUCAAGCUGGAGCGCAUGGCAUGAUCCCACCUGCCUGGGCCUUUGCGAGCGUCACCGUGUCAUCAGCCAGCACAACAACGAUUGCGGAAGUGGAUGCCAAGGCCCAACAUUGGAGUCGAAGCAGUGCCCGGUGGUUUGCCAGGAGGAGCAGGAUUGUGAACUUGGUCCUUGGUCUGAUUGGGAAGGGUGCGAGGUGACAAUGGCAAUGGGCGGCACAUUGAGGCUGCAAAUGGACCGGAGAAGAGAAAUCAUAAAGAUGCCAAUGAAUGGCGGAAUGCCAUGCACCGGACAGCUGGUGCAAACAAAAGGCUGUCCCAAGAUUCCUCAAAACUGCGUGCUCGGACAAUGGUCCAGCUGGUCCACUUGCAGCACCCGCUGCGUCACUGGAUGGCACACCCGGCAGCGUGCAGUGGAUCAGCAAGCCCGGCAUGGGGGCGAGUCAUGCGUCGGACCACUCUUUGAGGUUGACCUUUGCUUGGGAGCAAACCCGGACUGCAGAGAAUCAGGAAGGGAAGAUUGCAAAUGGUCGCCUUGGGCCGAGUGGUCUCAUUGCGGACUAGAUGGACAGAUGUCUCGAAAGCGCAGAAUUACGCAGCUGCCUUCGGUUUUUGGAGAACCCUGCGAGGGUUCACUCUCUGACACAGCAUCGUGUGACAGUGAGCGAGUUGACUGCGUUGUGUCACCAUGGUCUGCGUGGGACAACUGCGACCGCUCAUGUGAUGGUGGACAGUCGCAUCGCCACCGAGAGGUGCAUCGUUAUCCUUCUGACGGCGGCAAUCCAUGUCCGCAUAUCCUCAUGGAGACCAAAGGCUGCAACAGCCAGUCGUGCAGCGGACAUGACUGUGUACUUUCAGAUUGGACGCAUUGGGGCUUUUGCUCGGCAACUUGUGGCGUUGGCCAAAAGACACGCAGUCGAGAGAUUCUCAGUCUCCGCGGGGUUGACGGACAUGGUUGCUAUGACAUGCUGGGUGAGGUCCAGGAGUGCGUCAAUGCAGUGGAGUGCGAAGCUAGAGAUUGCGCGUGGGGUGGAUGGUCUAGUUGGAGUUACUGCUCCCGUUCCUGUGAUGGUGGAUUUCGCUCUCGAAAGCGUCACAUUCAGACGGUGCCAAACAAGAACGGCAGGCAAUGUGAUGCUGAGAUCAAGGAAAGCAUUGAACCUUGCAACACGCAAAAGUGCUCGCACUCCGAGUGCACAGACGGGCUUUGGAGUCACUGGUCAGACUGGUCACCAUGCUCUGUGUCCUGCGACAGAGGUACAACGUUCCGAACGCGCCAAGUCACUCAGUCGGCCAACGAAUGCGGCAAUUUCCCACCGGGAAAGAGCACAGAGACCCGGAUAUGCGAAGUAAGCACGCCCUGCGUCCCUGAAAGGGACUGUGAGUUCGGAGAGUGGAGCGCUUGGGGCCCUUGCUCUGCAGAAUGUGAUGGAAUGCAGGAACGAUCCCGAGCGGUCUUGCACUAUGGGCUUGGACAUGGAUUAUGGUGCCGUGGUCCUCUGAAAUUGAUUCGUCCGUGCCACCCACUGCUUGGUUCUCCACGCCCUGCAGUUUGCCACACUGAUCAUCCUGUGGAUUGUGUCAUGGGUACGUGGACAGGGUGGAGCAGGUGCACGGCAGAAUGUGACGGUGGCGUGCAGAGACGAACUCGGGUUGUUGCGCAACGCGCAUCGCAUGGUGGAAGGGGGUGCUUGGCAGCCCUCUCAGAAGUGCAGGAAUGCAACCGUCACCUCUGCAGUGGUGGGAAUUUACCAGUAGAUUGCGAAGUCGGGCAAUGGCAAGAAUGGGGCUUGUGUAGCAGGUGUGAUGGUGAGAGGACACGCUUCCGCAACAUAUUGCGGUAUGCCUCGGAUGGUGGCAAGCCGUGUGAUCAGAUGAGCGUCAGGGAGGUUGGCAAAUGUCCGCGCAUGUGCCGUGGUAAUCUCUUUUGCACAUGGGCCACUUGGGAGGAUUGGGGCCCCUGCAGCAAGACUUGUGGUCGAGGUGGAAAGAGACGUCGCCGCCGCUAUUUGCACCUGACAGAGAAUGGGGAAGAGCUACCGCCAGAACCAGGUGCAGAACAGCUCAUCACCACUACUGCCAGUACGACUACAAUUCAGGAGUUCGUCGCCGCUCCAGUGCUGCCGACAUUGCCACCUGUAAUAGCUUUACCGACUCCUGUGCCGACUCCUGCACCGAUUGCACCAACUUUGGCACCUUGGCAGAUGUACAACGGCUUGGAGGUCCACAAGGUCAAUAAUUUCAGUGCGGCCACGGGAGCCUUUGCCCUGUACGAAAGGUCCCAGGAGCUGGAAUCCAAUCACUUCGCGGACUUGCUGCUUUCCUUUGCAGGUGGAUUUAUCAGCUUAAGUCUCCUGCUUGCAGCUCGAAGUUGGAUAUCCACUUUCAGGGAGAGUGCGGACACAGCGCCCUUGCUGACGCCGAUCUGAGCAGGGCAAAGCACGCACUGAGCCUCGGCCCUGAGCUGGGUCACCUCGGCCCGUGGACUCGGAUAGCCGCGACAUGUCCAAACGUUGUAUCAGCUCGUGGAACUUUGGAACUUUGUACAUUCAUCCGAUGGCAACGCGCGUGAGAUCUUCCAUUGGCUUGCAAGAUAUGAUUUGUGCCGAACUAGUCAUGCAAAACGCACUUUCCGGCCCAGCCUUCACCUCCGUUCCAAAGCGAGCGUUUUUCGCCAAUGCUGCGAAAUGCGCUAGGAGGUGGUCGGAGCAGCUCUAGGCUGUCAAGAG